CGCGACAUGAGCACGGACCAGCUGGAGGCCCACCUGGUGGAGCUGACCAAGAAGGGCGGCAACACGCGCGGCGUGAUGCGCCGGCUGGUGCUGGCCCACUGCCGGCAACGCAACCUGGACCGGGCGCUGGCGCUGGAGCAGGAGCUGCUGCGGCUGGCUGAGGACGGCGGCCGCGAGCCGCUGACGCCCGGCCUGCUGGCGGCCCUGAUGGACGCGCACGUGCACCACGGCCGGCUGCAGCAGGCGCUCGAGUACAAGCGACGCCUGGAAGCGCACGUGUCUCACAAACAGAGCGUUGACCAGCACAAGAUGAUCGACCUGGCCGCCCUGCUGGUGCAGCACGAGCGGUCGGCAGAGGCCAUGUCGCUGGUUGAGCAGCUGUCGCCGGUGCCGGACGUCAGCCGCGUCGCCAUGAACUGCUGGCGGCUGCUGUCGGCGGCCGCGGACACCGGCGACUCGACGCUGGCGCACAACCUGCUGCACCAGCUGGUGACCCGCGGCGUCACCACACAGUCGGCCUACAACCUCGGCCAGAUCAUCAGGGCGCACGUCACCGCGGGAGAUCUGGAGGGAGCGGUGGACGAGUUCGCCCACUGCACCAAGACUCACCGGCUGGCGCCCUGGUCACACGGCCUGCUGCUGGAGGUGCUCAGACUCGCCGACGACGUUCGCAGGCAGCAGCUGCUGGACAGGGUGAUCCAGCAGCUGAGUCACUUGAACGGCACCGAGAGCGCCCAGUGCCAGCUGGCUCUGGCGUACGCCGAGGAGGGGUUCGGGUCGGCGGCGCGCGCCGUGCUGGAGUCUUUGGGACCGAACGCCCUGUUCACGGACAAGCGUCUGAAGCGACACUGUAACCGGCUGGCGGCCAGCGGGCGGACGGAGGCGCUGGCGCAGCUGCUGCGCGUGGUGCCGAACCGAGGGGCCCGCGGCCUCGUUUACUGGGCGCUGCUCAACGCCCACGAGGCGGCGGCCGAUCUCGGCGGGGUGGAGGAGGUGCUCCGGCUGCUGGAGGAAGAGGUCGGGACCGGCCCCGCCCAGGGCCGGCUGUUCCAGCACGCCCAGCAGCUGGCCGGUCGGCUGCGCGGCCAGUGACGCGCUCAGUCGCGGGCAGGUGACGGCCGUUCCCUCGGGCCGCGCCGGCGCCGCACGCCCAUCAUCCUGGGCCAUGCAGAGUUGAGGGGCACGGCCCUUGGCGGGACAGACGUACAGAUCGGGCCAACAGGGACUGGACCUCGUACGGGUCAGCCAACAGGGACUGGACUUCGUACGGGUCCGACCAGCAGGUACCAGACCUCGAACGGGUCGGGCCAGCAGGGACUGGACCUCGCACGGGUCGGGCCAGCAGGCGCCGUACCUCGCACAGUUGUGACCAGCAGGGGCCGGGCCUCGGAGCAGCGUCUGCCUGGCCAUGACCCGGCGCUUCUGGGGUUUGUGGCGCCGCCACGGACUGGCCACUCGCUGGCGCCUGCCGUCGCAACGGUUAUUGUCGCUGAAUGCUGAGUUUGAGUGGGAUGUAGUGCGAACUGUGCAAGAUGUACUGUGCUUUCAUAUGAAGGACAAUGACACAACGAA